ACGUCGCCAUGUUUAGAGCUCAGAGCUAAAGGAGAAGUUUGGCGGUGGGUAACGUGAGUUUCUGCUACGGGCGAAAUGACGAAAUUAGACGCCUUUAAUUCAUUCCUGAGGGAACGAUUAUUCUGCGUGGCUGAAGAAAUCUUUCAUGCUGUUCAGGAAAUCGUCUGCGAACAACAGGAUGAAUUAAAACGCGCCGAAGAGGAGAUCUGUCUCCUGAGGAGAGAGCUGGCUGCAGCGAGCCUCAACAACAAGGAAACAGAUAUUCAGGCCAGCCAUCCAGGACUUUGUACUGAACAGCAGCAAUCCCAAAAUGAACCAGUGAGUUCAGAGUCUUCAUUAAUUCAGGUGAAACUGGAGCUUUGCGCCCUUCAGCAGGACGCAGAGCCACAGCUAUUGAGCAGUGCCUCGACAUGCAGCAGCUCUUCCUCUGUAAAGUCAACUGACGUUCAGAAAAAAACUCUGUGCUUGCCUCCAAAAACAAAAGAGAGUGAAGGUCUAAAGAUGAAUUCCUAUAUCUCAAUCAACCUGGUACCUUGUGAUGCCCUGCUCUGCUCCGAAAAUCUGAACUCAAGUGCAGUGAGAAACCAAACUGCAAAAGAUGGUUGUGUGGUGGGUAUAAAAGAGGAAGAUGUUCAUUCUUGUCCCUAUUGUGACGCAUCUUUUCAUGAUUUUUCUCAGCUAAUAUCUCACAUGGAAUGUCACAAAAAUUCGUUGGAUCCUCUCCAGUGUCAGAUCUGUGGCAAGCAUUUCAAUCAUCGUAUGACCUGGAAAAACCAUAUGGUUGUGCACCAGAAAAUAAGGCCCUUCCGUUGCAAGUUUUGCAGUAAGGGAUUCAAUCAGAAAGGUCAUCUGAAGGAGCACGAGAGGAUCCAUACAGGUGAAAAGCCUUUUGGCUGCUCAAUAUGUGGGAAACACUUCACUCAGUUCAAUCAUGUAAGGGCGCAUAUUCGCAAUCAUCAUCAGAACAAAUAGCAGACAUCGGAAACAAAGUGAAUGAUGUUUCAGCAGUCCAUAUCUUCAAGAUGCCAAAAAUGCCUCGAAAGGUAUUAAGACUGAUCUUAGCACAAUAACUAAAAAAUGACUACAAAUUUAUGUGAUAAAAAUGAAUUCAUCAGUUUUUAAAGCAUUUGAAUGAACGUUUUAACUGUGAUGCUGGUAAAGGACAUGGUUGCUUCUUUAGAGAAACAGCCUCAAGCGUUAAAUUGUCACUCUGAUCCAGAACACAACAAGUAUUUGUUAUGUCAUUGUCUUGUUUUUAUCCUGAAAUGGGGAAGAAUGUUUUUAUCGUAUGGGCUUUAUUAAAACAGACUUUUCUAUUGGUGUAA